AUGACCGAAGCUUCCGGAAAAAACUUAGCUCAAAGGUUGGGCCAUUCUAAACUUAAUCCACCUGAACAGAUUAAAAAGCCUGGCUUUUGUAGAAUGGAAGAUGUAGAGAAUGCUCAUAGUAACGACGAAAACAGUCAUCCAACAACGGUCUGCGAUAGCGGUUAUCCGACAGCGGUCUGCGAUAGCGGUUAUUCGACAGCGGUUUGGGAUGGCAGUUAUUCAACAACGGUUUGCGAUAGCGUUUACCAGCAUAAAAAUCAUAGGAAGCAGGGACACUGGACCAAAGAGGAAGAUGAUAUACUUUUGGAGAUAGUGGAAAUAUUCGGCCCAGGUAACUGGGAAAAAAAAUCUAUUUACCACCCCACUCGGAACGGCAAACAGAUGAGAGAACGAUGGAUAUCUCACUUAAAUGGAGUCAACAAAGGCCCAUUCUCUGAUAAAGAGAUUGAUUUGGUUUAUCGUCUACAUGUCGUAGAAGGCAAAGGAUGGGCUGAAAUUGCAAGAGCGCUUGGCAAUAACCGUACGGCAAACUCUUGUAAAAACGUUUAUUACAAUGUUGCCGUCAAGAAAUUUAAUAGGCCGAAAAUGAAAGGAAACAACAAUCCGAGCCCCACCUCGGGAUUGACAGCAAUGUCGAAAUAUAUUCCUAAAGAGAAAUGCGCUCGGAAAAAGCCACCAAUGGUUCCUAAAGACUUGUGUAAACUGGAGGCUGUAGUAGUAGAUGACGUUUGCGCAUACAAUUCGGCAACGGUUUCAGACAAGCUUGAGAAAUAUCAAAAAUUAAAAAUCGGACACUGGACUCCUGAGGAAGAUAAAAUACUUUUGGAAAUAGUGAAAACGUACGGCCCACAUAACUGGUACAAGAUCUCUAUUUACCAUCCUACUCGGACCAGCAAGCAAAUGAGAGAACGAUGGCUGUCUCACUUAAGAGGGGUCAAUAAAACACAAUUCGCAGAUAAAGAAGUUGCUGCUGUUUAUGAUAUGCAUGACAUAGAAAAGAAAGGAUGGGCUGACAUUGCAAAACUAGUUACUGCUGUUUAUUAUACGCAUGACAUAGAAAAAAAAGAACAGGUCGACAUUGCAAAACUACUUGGCAUCAACCGUACGCCAAACUCGUGUAAAAACAGUUAUCACAAUAUGAGGCACAAGAAACUUUACAGUUGUCCAAAAGCUGCUAACGAAUAUAAAGCUUUUCAACACUCGCGACAGACUGUUCACCAGCCAAGAAAAAAUGGCAAUUGA